CUCACAUCCUUUAUCCUCCCUCAAGCAAAGAAACAUCUCCAAUACCGAGUCAUCGUUGUAUCAAUCAACAUGCCGCUUCGUGAGACUGACCCAGAUUUUGAGAAUCAGCUCCUGGAGAGUGCCAAGGCAGCGUUAGACGCAAAGUUCGAAAUCUCCCAGUACUGGCUGCCGCUGCCCCUCCUUGUGGCCAACGAAGAGACGGAGGAGGAACUGCCGUGCCAUGAACCAGCCGAGGAGACCGUCGCCGUCAGCGCCCACAUGUCGACGCGCAUCCGUGCCUGGUACGAACAGUUGGCUGCCACCUUUGGCAAGGCCGAGGAUCUGCCAGCCCGUUUCGACAUCGAGCUCCAAAUUGAGCCGCAGAAACUCAACAUAGAGGAUUUGGACUGCAGCCAUCGGAGGUUUCACUCGCGCCGCCUCCAGCUGCACAACCCCGAGACACUUCCAGAUUUGCCAUUUGUGAGCAGCCUGACCAUCCGGUCGAGGCCCGGCUCCGAUACAGAAACUACGAUAGACAUACGCCCUCUGUCUCCCCUUGUGCCGCUGCAGUGCCUUGUCCAUCUGCCAGCUGUGCAAGAGUGGCGUGCUCCUUGGUUGUGGGAGCGGCCUAUGCCAUCCAACAUGCCAAGUAGAGUGAUGCGCGAGCACUACGCCCGGCCGUUUGAAGGCCCUCUGCGAGACGCCCGUCACGAAUUCGGCGCUGCCAUCAUUGACCAAGAGAAGCACCUUUGCGGCAAACGGAUCCCCGCUAGUCUGACCAGGGCUGCACUGCACUUCUGGCCAUUCUUCAACUUCCCCAGGCAUGACCAGUCCGUGGCCCGACCGAACCUGAUACACCCCGCGGACAAGGACCCGGUGUCUGUCGGUCUAUGCAAGCUUGGUGCGCAACUGAGCCUGUUCGACGUGCGUGCUGUUGUCACUCCCGACCUAUUCCCCAGUCCCGAGGCGCCAGACGACGAGCAGUGGUCUCAGAUGCGGCGCUUCCGGCUCGAGUUCCAUUCCCUCCGUCCAGACGGGCGAUGGUACUUUGUCGGCCCCGGCGGCGAAGAUCCGCACGACUCCGAACAAGGCGGAUACACGAUCUCAGACACAAAACACUACCCCCGCGAAACCGACACGGACGAGGACGAGGAGCUGCACGACGAGGACGCCGACAACCCGCCUGAGGACUACGAUUUCGAUCUAAACAUGUUCCGCGUCGAGCCCUGCAGAGAGCGCAUCGAGCCCCUACUAGCGGCGUUUGCGCAGUCUCUGUCUCGCGACAACAUGCCGAGCCUCGAGGACGCCGAGCUUUUUACGCACCUGUGGUGGGCCCCGUCAGACGACAUUAAAGCAAAGGGAUAUGAUCUGCCGAUGAAAAAGGGCCACAGAUGGGGCGUCAAGUUCAUUGCUGGGCGUGGUAGUAAGAGGCAGAAGUCUGAUGCUGCAGCUGCUGCCCCAACACCACCGGUGGUGCAGUGGCUGGUUGGCGAUUGGAGACCUAGUGAGGAGGUCAUGGGUCUAUUCGAGAGCCUAGGACGGCAGGAGUGGCUUGACUUCGAAUGGAAGAAGUACAGAGAAGAGUUCGGACGUGAUUUGCUAGGAAAGAGCAUGUCUAGCCCUAUAUAGUUGGACGUACAGCCGUGUUGCCAAUACGUGGUCUGAUGCUUUUCAAAACGAGGCGGUUGAACACGCAGGUGACCAUAGCAGCGGAGAGGAUGGAAGGAAGUACUUGUUACUACCGAAGAAACAUGCUAAUAAACUCAGCAUACGGUCGUUCCAUUAGACACACUGGACGAACAGUAUUGGUCAGAAGUCAGAAGGGGCACGAGAGAAAUACAAGUGAACGUUGCGCCGCACACUACAUCAGUUUGCAGCAAGGAACACUCCCCGCAGAUUUGAACUUGACGACAUUGCUGAACAAAGGGGCCUCGGUCUUCUCGGGGGGUUUUUUUUUGGAACGUUUACUAGAAAAAGACUAGUGCAGUGGUCGCUUUCGAAAGCACUAGCAGUACCCGAGCGACAACUAGUCUUCAACGCGCUCGCACACUUUUUCUUUAACCUUUUCUGGAAAACACUCAUAAUAAG